CUGACGAUGGCCAACAGUCGACAACCAACUUCUCACGAUUCGAAAUAAGACUCUCGCAAAUCCCAACUUGUGAUCACGAGGACCGUCGAUCAUUCAGAUUGGUGUGGCGAAUAGUAUCAACUAUAAGAACACCCAGAGCCGGCCUCGUCUCAUUACCUGUCCAUGUCUGCAUCUAUUUCGACAAGGACCCUGCUCUUACCACUUCGCACAACUUUCACACUCCGUCCGCUUAACACUAGAACGUUUGCAACCAUCAUGCCCGUCGCUGUCAACAAAGCUUCAAUCUCUGCAGAUGUCGGCGGUCAGCACAAUGUCGAUCAGCUAGCCAAAAUUUCGCGUGACUUUAGGAGUGAUACGAUUACCGUACCUACAGACUCGAUGCUCGUGGCCGGUAUCAAAGCAUCCCGAGGGGACGACGUCUAUCGCGAUGAUCCGGCGACCAUCGAACUAGAGAACCGGAUCGCGAACCUGACGGGCAAAGAAGCUGGACUCUUUCUGGUGAGCGGCACCAUGAGUAAUCAGCUGGCCAUCCGGUCCACUUUGGCUCAGCCGCCUCACAGCGUGAUUACUGAUCACAGGGCGCAUGUCCAUCAGGUGCGUGAAGCUGGUGGAAUCGCUGUCUUUUCACAAGCAACGACCCAUGCAUUGCCCCCUCGUAACGGCCAUCAUCUCACCCUAGAAGACGAUAUCCUGCCCAACCUGCAGCUCGGUAACGAUAUCCAUACUGCCCCGACGCGCCUGAUCUGUCUCGAAAACACUCUGGCCGGCACCGUCUUCCCUCAAGACGAGAUUGUCAAGAUUUCAGAGGAAGCAGCCAAGCAUGACAUUAUCAUGCAUCUGGACGGAGCUAGGAUCUGGGAAGUGGCCGCGCGUGUCUGUCACGAAAGAGGGCUGCCCAUGCAAGACGAAGGGCUAGGGAUCGCACUGAAAGAGCUUUGCGCACCUUUCAACACGAUCUCUUUGUGUCUGAGCAAAGGAAUCGGGGCGCCUAUCGGAAGUGUGCUUGUCGGACCAAAACCCCUCAUCGAAAGGGCUCGCUGGUUCCGAAAGAUGUUCGGAGGUGGUAUUCGUCAAUCUGGAGCUAUUGCUACUGCCGCCUCGGUCGCUCUCACUGAGCACUUUCCCAAACUUAUCGGGACACACGGCCUAGCACGAAAACUGGCAGACGGUGUCCAAGCGUUGGGAGGCAAAUUUGUCUAUCCUACAGAGACCAACAUGGUCUGGGUCGACCUUGCAAGCCUGGGAAUCCCGCUAAAAGAUCUUCAAGCGGCCGGUGAGGCUCUCGAACAGCCGCUCGUAAUUCGCGGCGCACGGUUCGUGGUGCAUCACCAAAUAACCGAGCAGGCCAUCGACGACCUUCUCAUUCUCUUCAAAGAAUUGCAAGACAAACAUCGUGCAAAGCAAGGCGACCUCGACGCGAUCAACGAAAAGAGGCCGCAGGAAAAGCUGAUUGCUGGACAGUACUAGCGAUCAGGAUCAUCCGUAUAUGUAUUCGUUGUAGGUAUAUACAACUCGCCAGCAGAUGACAACUAUAAA